CGGGGGUUGCGUCCGGCACGUGGCGCGCCCCGCGCUCUGUCUGCGGGGGCCGGCGCCGCGCCCGAGGCCUGGGGGUGGGGUGCGCGGCCGCCGUCGGAGCGGAACGCCGGGGCCUGCGGGCGGCGUCCCAGGCCCGGGCCGGGCGGGGUCGCUGCCUUCGCGGGUUUGUUCCUGACUUUUUCCUAGUUCUAAGUGAGAACCAGCACCCCCUUCCACUCGUGGUUGCUGAAAGCGGGGUCGGUGGAGUCCGGCGAAAGAAAGUUUCUUGGAAAUCGGGCAGCAGGCGCCGGGCCCCCGGCCUUCGCUGCUGGGGUCUCGGAGGAGUAGGAUACCCGGCGGCCGGGCCGUGCCCUCUCCUAGGCCUGCCCGGAGCCCCGCCCUGACUCGUGGUUGGGCCCAGGGUCCCGGUUUGUCCCGGAAGCUCGCGUUGGGCGCAUCGUGGACACCGCUCCGAGAGAGCAGGCCCCGCUGUCCCCCGGGGCGUGCCUGUCGUGGUCAGGGUCUCCUUUCAGGUCUCAAGCCCGCAGGCCACCGCCUUGACCCAAAACGUUGUUGAGAGUUUGUGCCCUAGUCAGUAGUUGCUCUUCCAAGGUUUUUCAGCCAGCAUCCGCGUAUAUGCUGGCUCUAAGGGGGAGCUCCUCGUGACGGACUGCAGGUACGGGGCCCUCCGUGAUCUUGGCGCCCAGCCCCAAUCGCAGGCCUCCCUUGGGUCCGGAAUCUGGGGCAGCCAGGUGUUCCCGCGCUCUCCCUCCUCAUACUGCUGCCAGAAGUGAUGCCACCAAGGAGAAAUGGAAAAUAUAAACUUCCAGUACCACUUCCAGAAGGAAAGGUUCUGGAUGAUACGGAAGGAAAACAGUGGGUGCUGGGCAAGAUGAUCGGCUCUGGAGGAUUUGGAUUGAUAUAUUUAGCUUUCCCUGCAAAUAAGCCAGACAGAGAUGCAAGACAUGUAAUAAAAGUGGAAUAUCAAGAAAAUGGCCCAUUGUUUUCAGAACUGAAAUUUUAUCAGAGAGCUGCAAAAGAAGAUUAUAUAAAAAAGUGGAUAGAACACAAACAACUUGAUUAUUUAGGAAUUCCUCUGUUUUAUGGAUCUGGUCUUACUGAAUUCAAUGGAAAAAGUUACAGGUUUAUGGUAAUAGAAAGACUCGGUAUAGAUUUACAGAAGAUCUCAGGCCACAGUGGUACUUUUAAAAAGUCAACUGUCCUGCAGCUAGGUAUACGAAUGCUGGAUAUACUGGAAUAUAUACAUGAAAAAGAAUAUGUUCAUGGUGAUAUAAAAGCAGCAAAUCUACUUUUGGGUUACAAAAAUCCAGACCGGGUUUAUCUUGCAGAUUAUGGACUUUGCUACAGAUAUUGUCCCAACGGGAACCACAAACAGUAUCAGGAAAAUCCUAGAAAGGGCCACAAUGGGACAUUAGAGUUCACCAGCUUGGAUGCUCAUAAGGGAGUAGCCCCGUCCAGAAGAAGCGAUGUCGAAAUCCUUGGCUACUGCAUGCUGCGGUGGUUGUGCGGGAAUCUUCCCUGGGAGCGGCACCUGAAGGACCCUGUGGCCGUCCAGACUGCUAAAACAAAUCUGCUGGAUGAGCUCCCUGAGUCAGUGCUUAAGUGGGCUCCUUCUGGAAGCAGUUGCAGUGAAAUAGCCCAAUUUUUGAAAUGUGUUCAUAGUCUGGCAUAUGAUGAAAAGCCAAACUAUCACAUGCUCAAGAAAACCCUGAACCCUGGUGGAAUGCCUUUAGGACCACUGGAAUUUUCCAAUAAAGGACAGAGGGAAAAUGUGCGUACUCCGAAUGAUCAAAAAGCUGAAUCACAAAGGGCUGCAACAAAACAAGUCAAUCAGAUGCGAACUAAGUUAAUAGAAAAGAAAAUCUGCAGCGAGAGAAAUGCUGAGUCCUGUGCGACUUGGACACAAGUGCAAAAAGAGAAGAAGCUGAUUGGAUCCAUGGACAGUGAAACAGCUCAGGAAAGCAUAAGGAGAAGACAAAAAUAUGAAUCUCAGGAACUUUUGCAUGAAAUAAACAGUUUCCCACAAAAAUCUAGCUACCUACAAUUCCCACAUUCAUUCUAUGAAUCCCAUCAAGAUUUUACCAGUCCAGAUAAAUUUAGCAAGUCAAGAUCUCCAGCGUGGGAUACAUACCCUUCGACAGUUGGUAUGGAAGUCACAAAUACAGAAAGUUCGACUGGUCUUUGGCCCACAAUUUUUCAGUUGACUCUUAGUGAAGAGGCAAAGGCAGAUGUGUAUUAUUAUGGCUUCACAAUACUUGUCCUUUUGGUGUUAGUAUGUCUUGCUUUAUACUUUCUCUGAAGAUGUUAAAUAAAAUUUUUUUGGUAA